AUGGUGAACCGGAGGAUUAGGCAAGAAUGGGAGGAAUACGAUCUCCAAAGCUCAUACGCUGACAAUCUAUCUAUGUUCUCGAUACGAUUGAACUAUGGUGGAGUUUUUACGAAGUUUCCAGGCCGCAAAUACAUAAAGGGGAAGAUGAAUUAUAUUGAUGACAUUGAUAGUGACUUGUUCUUGGUGCAUGAUAUGGAUGAGAUAAUGGAAUUGAUUGAUUGCGUGGAACCAAGUAAAAGUAUUUACUACCAUUUCAAACGACUAACUUGGGAUUUAGAUUUUGGGUUGUAUUCUUUGGUUAAUAUGGAACAACAAACUUGUUCAUGUAACGGGUGGGAACUGACAGGCAUACCCUGCAAACAUAGUAUAGCAGUUAUAUGUUAUAUGAGGCUCAACAAUGAAAAUGUUGGAAUACUCGAGACAUGGGUUCACCCAAUAUAUUGGCUCAAGACUUGGAAAGAAAUGUAUGUCCUCAAAGUUGAACCUAUUAAUGGGAGGUUUUGUGGGAAAAAAGCACAUGUCCUACCAAGUUGA